ACAAAAGGGGCGGGAUGGAGAGAGAGAGAGAGGGGCGGGACUGGAGCUGCGGGAGAACUGCUGUGGGGAUGGCAGCGGGGCGGGCUGCUGCGGGGAUGGCGCUGAUCGCGGCUCUGGUGGCAGGAGCGGCUCUGGAGCCCCCCCGGGAGCUGUGGGGGUACGUGCAGGUCCGCAGCAAGGCGCAUCUUUUCUGGUGGCUGUACUACAGUGCGGGGUACAACGAACUGCCGCUCGUCCUGUGGCUGCAGGGAGGUCCGGGAUCUUCAGGCUGUGGGUUUGGGAACUUCGAAGAGAUUGGUCCGUUGGACAAGGAGCUGAAACCAAGAAAUACUACCUGGUUGCAGGCAGCCAGUAUCUUGUUUGUGGACAAUCCUGUGGGCACUGGAUUCAGCUACGUAGAUGACUGCAGCUUGUUUGCCCAAAACCUAACCAUGGUGGUCUCUGAUAUGAUGGUGUUUCUUAAAGAAUUCUUCACACACAGGACAGAAUUUCAGAGCAUCCCAUUCUACAUAUUUUCUGAAUCUUAUGGAGGUAAAAUGGCUGCUGGAAUUGCUUUAGAGCUGCAUAAUGCUGUACAACAAGGAAGCAUAAAGUGCAGUUUUGCUGGGGUUGCUCUUGGAGACUCAUGGAUUUCUCCACUGGAUUCUGUGCUGUCCUGGGGACCCUACCUUUAUAGCACCUCUCUCCUUGACGAUCAUGGUCUAGCAGAGGUGACUGCCGUUGCUAAAGAAAUAAUGGAUGCAAUAAAUAACAAUGAAUAUGGACUGGCCACUGAGCUCUGGAGUAAGGCUGAAGGUAUCAUUGAAGAGAACACAGACAACGUGAACUUUUAUAACAUCAUGACUAAGGAAGUUCCAGAAAUGAAAAUGAAUGAACAAGAAAACUUUCAUCUUGUUAGGCUUUACCAACGUCACGUGAAAAUUAUGCAUAAGAACAACCUGAAUGAAUUGAUGAAUGGACCUAUCAGAGAGAAACUAAAAAUUAUUCCUGACUGUGUAAAAUGGGGAGGGCAGUCCACAAAAGUCUUUGAGAACAUGGCUGAGGAUUUCAUGAGGCCUGUCAUUGACAUUGUUGAUCAGCUCUUAGCAGCCAACGUCAACGUCACAGUCUACAAUGGGCAGCUGGAUCUCAUUGUUGACACCAUGGGCCAGGAGGCGUGGAUCAGGAAACUGAAAUGGCCUGGCUUGAAGGAGUUCAGCCAGCAGAGGUGGAAAGCACUUUAUGUGUCUCCAGAAUCCACUGAUACAGCAGCUUUCCACAAGGCCUAUGAGAACUUUGCUUUCUUCUGGAUUCUUAAGGCUGGGCACAUGGUACCGUCUGAUCAAGGAGAGAUGGCCCUGAAAAUGGUCAGGAUGGUGACCCAACAGAAGCAGUAGGGCAGGGGAGGCCAGCUGGUAUGGCCUGCUGCUGAGUGCCAGCGUUUGUGUGGAGUGUGAGGAAAAGAACAAAUAAGCUGCAGGAGGAACAACUGGUAUUUGGACACAGCCCCUCUGAGCUUCCUGAUGAUGUGUAAAAGCAUUUCUGAAAAGGCAAAUUUCUCCUUGAAUGAGCUCUAGCUUUUGAAUUUCUAAGAUGUGGUUUGGUGCCUUAAUACUUUUCAGAAUGACUCUUCCAAGAUGAUUCCUGUCUCAUAAACAGCUGUAGGCUCUGCCUCUGUCUUGGAAGGGUCCUCUCCAUUUUGUUUUCUUGUUUGUUUGAACAUCAGGACUGAAACUGACGUCUGUUCUGGUGGAUUAGCUGCUCGUUCCUAAGAGCAAACCUGCUGUAUGAAGUUUUGGACUAUUUCCUUUCCUUGUCUUUGGGUCUUUGUCCUUGAGUUCCCUGGCUGGAUUAGAAGCUGCAGAUUUGACAAUGCCAGCGUAGCAGACCUACACAAGAGGGUGUGCAGCCCAUCUCAGUGAGAUGAGAUGCCUGAAUGAGGAUGCACAGUUCCUCAGGCUUCCUGCACAGCCUCCCUCCAGGGGAGGACUUUAAUCUCCUUCAUCUGCCUGUUUCAUUCACUUCUUAACGACCCAAAUUUUGUCUUUAGCUUUAACACCUGAAGUGCAUCCAGCAGCGAUUCCUGCUUUCUGCUGUGAAGGAGGAGCCCUGCAACACCUUCUUCUUGUGCAGAAGAGAAUCCCAAUGGACUGAACCCUCUAUGAGCUUCUGAGCAUGGGUUGGAGAGUAGAAAGCAGGAUGAUAUUAAAGCAAUAGUAGUGUCAUUCUGAACGUUUAUAGCAAUACCUAAAACAAGGAUUUAAUGAGAGCCAAUAUUUUCACUACUUUUUCUUGAUCUCUUAAGUCUCAUAGAGGCUUCCUGGUUUUGGAAGCAACGCUUUUCAUAUGGAAUACUAUCAAAAGGAGACUUGAUCAGACAUUGUUUGAUUUUUACAUUGGAGCAUGAGGUGACUGCUCUGUAUCGGUGUCUGGUAGGAAGCACAGCAUCUUGUUCCAGCUGUCAGAAUACCAAAUAAACAGCAGCCACGUUCGGGUUGGUCUGUAGUCCUGACUGAA